ACUCCGGAGAACCGUCCGAACGUGGUAGGGGCGUCCUAUUAAAGUUUAAAAUAUUUAAAAUUUUAAUUUGUUUCUAAAUCUGCAAAGUCCCUAAUGUUAAAACAAACCUGUUUCGGAUGUCUAAUAGGAAGCGGGCUUUUAUUUUGAAGGUGCGUUCAGGACGUGACUCGGGGGGCUUCGGACGCUCGUUUCGGAGAACCGCCCGAACGCCAAGGCGCGUCGUGUGUUUGUGACUGCGUUCGCGGGUCAAGCGGGUCCUAGGUCGGUUUGGGACGCCGAGGAGCCAAGACAAGCUAGCCAGCUAGCUAGCCAGCCCUCCCAAGGAUGACCCGGCCGGAGGUGGCCAACGCUCCCGGCGGCAGACUAUGAAUCUCCGAGCGGGCUCACCGCCGCCGAGCUUCCACGAAGAGGAACCAGGAAGACGAUGACGACCAUGGGAGGAAGAGAGAAGCUGCUGGAAAUCUGCUCUUUGCUGCUUCUGAUGACCGGAAGUUGUCAAUGUCGAGACGCCCGGCAGACGCGGCACCUGGCCGCCUAUCAGCUGACUGUGCCUCGGCCAAUCGGAGGCCGGCUGAGGAGGGACGCCGAUGGCUCUCCGCCCAAUCAGGCGUCGUACGUGAUCGGCGUGGGGGGACACGAGCAUGUGGUGCAUCUGGAGAGGAACGGGCUGCUGCUUCCGGCCGACUUCACCGUCUUCACGUACGGCGAAGACGGAGCACGCCGCACGUCUGUGCCGCCUGUCCAGAAGCAUUGCCACUAUCACGGCGUGGUGGAGGGCAUGGCGGGCUCGUCUGUCGCCAUGAGCAUCUGCGACGGCCUCAGGGGCGUGUUGCAUCUGGACCACGGCAGCUACGCCAUGGAGCCGCUAGACUCCGCCCCUGAGCAGCACCUGCUGUACCGCCUGCAGGAUGUGACGUCACAGCCGCGGGAGUGCGGCACCCCGCACGCUCGCCCCGCCCACAACCGCACAGAGCAGCAAAGCAUCCACGGGCACGGAAGGGUGAGCGCGCACGUGCGCACGUGCACACGUGCAACACAAACAGGCGCUGACGUGUGUGCUGUCCAGGUGAAGCGAGCCGUUCUCCAUCGAACCCACUACGUGGAACUCCUGCUGGUGGUGGACAACGAAAGGUUCAAGGCCACGAGGAGCAACGAGAGCGCCGUGAGGGAGGACAUGGUUCACCUGGCCAACUACAUCGACGCUAUCUACGUGCAGCUGAACGUCAGGGUGGUCCUGGUGGGCCUGGAGAUCUGGACCAGGCAGAACCUCAUCAGCACGGAGGGAGGAGCCGACGAGGUGCUGAGUCGCUUCACCCAAUGGAGAGAGAGGGAACUGCUGCCUCGCCGCCGCCAUGACUCGGCUCAGCUCAUCCUGAAGAAGAGUUUCGGGGUGACGGCAGGGAUGGCGUACGUUUCCACCGUGUGCUCCAGGAGUCAUGGCGGCGGCAUCAAUGCGUUCACCAACAACAACGUGGCCGCCUUCGCCUCCAUCGUGGCUCACGAGCUGGGCCACAACCUCGGCAUGAACCACGACGACACGCGCACGUGCUCAUGCCCCACCCCCACCUGCAUCAUGAACUCCGUAGCCAGGGACGCCGCAAACUUCAGCAGCUGCAGCGCCGACGACUUUGAGAAGAUGAUCUUGGUGACGGGGGGGUCGUGUCUCCUGAAUGUCCCGCAGCCCGACGAGGCCUACAGCGCCCCCUACUGCGGGAACGGACUGGUGGACUUUGGCGAGGAGUGUGACUGUGGAUCCCAGAAGGAGUGCCAGAGCGACCCCUGCUGUGAGUUUAAGACGUGCAGACUGAAGCCGGGAGCUCAGUGUGCUGAUGGAGAGUGCUGCUACAACUGUCAGUUCCUACCAGGCGGCACGAUUUGUCGCGCCGGCAGGGACGAGUGCGACCUGCCCGAGUACUGUAACGGCUCGUCAUCUCUCUGUCAAAGUGACGUCUUUGUGCAGAACGGUCAGCCGUGCAGGAGCCAGCAGGCCUUCUGCUACAACGGCAGGUGCCAGCAUGCAGACGACCAGUGUCGGAGCAUCUUCGGGCCCAAGGCCAAGAAGGCGGAUGAGGUCUGCUUCAAAGACGUUAACAGCAAAGGCGAUCGCUUCGGGAACUGCGGCAAGCAGAGCUACCACUACAGGAAGUGCGAGAGCAGAAACGCUCUGUGCGGGAAGCUGCAGUGCUCCAACGUGCAGGGCGUGAAGGCCUUCGGCAUGGAGCCGUCCAUCAUCAGCACGCGCAUCGGCGGCGCCGUCUGCUACGGCGUGGACUUCAUGCUGGGCUCGGACGUGCCGGACCCGGGCAUGGUGAACGAGGGCACCAAGUGCGGAGAGGGCAAGGUGUGUUUGAACUUUGAGUGUCGCGGCGUCGCCGACCUCAACUUCGACUGCGACGUGGAGAACAAGUGUCACGGGCACGGGGUGUGCAACAACAACAAGAACUGUCACUGCCACGCCGGCUGGGCGCCGCCUUUCUGCGAGGUGAAAGGUUACGGGGGAAGCGUGGACAGCGGCCCCACCUGGAACGACAAAGACACGUCGCUGAGGGACGGCCUGCUGGUCUUCUUCUUCCUGGUUGUGCCGCUGGUGGCGUUGGGGGCGUUGGCCUUCCUGCGCAGGGACCGACUGCUGCGGCGCCUCGGCCGCGGCCGCCCACGAGCGUACCAGCCCGACGGCGCCGUGUCCGCCCACCCCGGCAGAGGACCGCCUCCCCGAGCUCAGCCACCGUCUUUCGCCCGGGACAACAGCGACGGCGUCCUCAGAGAUGGGCAUCACGCCCACCUGCUCCCGCCGCAGGCAGAGGACACCAGCAGGGCCGCUCCGUCAUACGCUGCCAGGCCGCCGCCUCCUCUGAAACCCAAACCCGUUGUGGCGUCCCAGCCUCUGGUGCCUCAAAGACCCCCUCCGCCGCCGCCAGUCUAGCCGGCUCAGCCCCGCCCACUGGGAGCUGCUACCUCGUGACCACCAGGACACAGGUGCAAGAUGACGCUAAUGCUAGUUGGCUAGCCUGGGAAACACAAAGAUGUUCUUCUCUCUGAUUGGCUGCUGGAAGAAGAAAAAGGAGAGACCACUAGGCAGGAAGUUGGUUGAGCGAAAGCACUGCUGCCCCCUGCUGGCAAACGUCUGCACUGACAUUUGAACGCCUCAUCCCGGCAUGCAGUGCGGCUUGUCUCGUGAUAGACCCGAUGACGUCACUGCAGUGGCGGCAUUUCCUCAGCUGGGAAUGUUUGCGUUUGUAAAAUGAUGAUAAUGGAGAUCAACAACCGCUUGGUACUUGAUGACGUCACCCUGUUGACAUGCAAACCAGGAAGUACGCCACCCUUCCGGUGCCUGGGCUUUCUUUGAUAGAAUAUUUUAAUCAAAUGGAGUGGCUGCGAAUCAGAGAUCGUGUGUGAUUUUUUUUUAUGUUCACUUCUUCAUGUGACAGCAUUCAUCACGCGGGGAAUAUUUGAGACAAAAUGCAUCACGCCAUCACUUCCGGCUUCCGGAAUAUCUUUGGAACAUUGUGGUUGACGUGCUGCGUCACUUUCAUUCGCCGAGGUCUUGCACGUGGCUAGUUACCAUAGUAACACAACUUCAAAUAAAGAUGGUUAUGUCGC